AUGAACCAGGCAAAAUUCGACCACGAGAAUGGUCUGCGCUGCGAGGAAGAAGUACCACUAUGGCAGCAGGGGCUGGAGUUGGGCAAGGAUUGGGCAAAGAGUUUAUGCUCAACAAGAGGUUUGAUAAAAACGGCAAAACGCCGAAUUCCCAUCACCUCAUGGGCCAGGAAAUAUCGGGUUAAAAACCUGAUGGCCGACAUCAUUGCCGGAGUGACUGUCGGGAUUUAUAAUGUUCCACAAGGAAUGGCCUAUUCCGUACUAGCGUCACUUCCGCCAGUUUACGGACUUUACGCUUCAUUUUUCCCGCCUCUCAUCUAUGCCAUUUUGGGAACCGGAUUCCAUACGAGCAUUGGUGUUUUCUCCAUUACUUGCAUGAUGAUUGGCCAUGCCAGAACAUCGUUACUACCCGAUGGCCACACCUCUUAUGAAGGAAUCGACAAUUUGAAACCGGUGGAUAUCGUGGCGGCGCUCAGCUUUACCACUGGGGUCUUGCAGGUUGAUAUUUGGGGGUUU